AUGCCUAACAUAGAUCAACUGGUUGAUAGCUUAUCUGGUUUCCAAAUAUUGUCCUUAAUGGAUGCUUAUUCAGGGUAUAAUGAAAUUCUGUUACACCCAGAAGACCAGGAAAAGACUACCUUCAUCGCAGAAAAGGCGAACUACUAUUACAAUGUGAUGCCCUUUGGAUUGAAAAACUCAGGGGCCACCUACCAAAGAAUGAUGAAUCAGGUGUUCGCGGACCAACUAGGUAAGAGUGUUGAGGUGUACAUAGAUGACAUGAUUGUCAAGUCGACCAAUUCGGCAGUACACAUUGAAGAUCCGGAGCAUACCUUUGAAAAACUAAGACGAUACAACAUCCGGUUGAACCCAGCCAAAUGUGCUUUCGGGGUCCUUGCAGGAAAAUUUCUGGGGUUUAUGUUGACUCACAGAGGCAUCGAAGCUUACCCGAAUAAGUGUCGAGCAGUGCUGGAAAUGAAGGCCCCGGCAAACAAGAAAGAGAUACAGCAAUUAACAGGAAGGCUAACCUCCCUCACUAGAUUUUUACCUCGAUCUGCAGAAACAGAACAACCUUUCUUCAAGCUACUUCGGAAGGAGGUUCAAUAUGGGUGGAGUUCGGAGUGUGAGGCCGCAUUCCAAGAAAUUAAGAAGCAACUGGCUUCACCACCAGUGUUGACCAGACCAAGAGAAGGGGAGGCAUUGAUAAUAUACCUCUCUGUGGGAGAUGUAGCUGUCAGUUCGGUCCUAGUUCAAGAAAACGAAGAAGGACAACAACCGAUCUACUUCGUGGGCCGUCUCUUGCAGGGUGCGGAACUCAAGUACCAAAAGUUAGAAAAGGCUGCAUUUGCCCUGUUGAUCUCGGCUAAGAGGCUCAGAGCAUAUUUUCAGGGACACCAAAUUGUGGUUAGGUCGGACCUGCCAAUCCGGCAUAUCCUUCACAAGCCUGAUUUAGCAGGAAGAAUGAUGGCUUGGGUUGUCGAGCUAUCAGAAUUUGAUAUAAUGUUUGAAAGUCGUAAAGCAAUCAAGUCCCAAGCAUUGACAGAUUUUAUCAGGGAGCUUACUUCGAUCCAAAUGGAAGCUUCAAGCAACCCAGACACAUGGAAGGUAUAUGUGGAUGGGUCUUCUAACCCCAAAGGCAGAAUACGAGGCUUCAUAGCCGGAUUGCAUCAGGCUAAGGAUCUCGGAGCUCGGAAGCUACAGGUGUAUAGUGACUCUCAAUUGGUUACUUCCCAAAUUGAAGGGAGCUAUCAAGCCAGAGGACCACUGUUGACUAAGUAUUUAGACUCUGCGAGGCAGUUAAUUGCAGAGUUCGAGAAGGUAGAGGUCAGCCAUAUUCCAAGAAAUGAAAACAGCAGGGCGGACAUAUUGUCUAAGUUGGCGAGCACCAAGGGAUGGGGAAAUCACAGGACGGUAGUUGAACAAAGUAUCCCAGAACCCACAUAUGUUAUGCAGAUAUCAGAAAAAGAUGACUGGCGUUACCUUAUCAUCGAUUACUUGGAAAAUGGAACCUUGCCCAUCGCUAAAGAAGAAUCUAGGAAAUUAAUUAAGGAUGCAGCAUCAUACACCAUGAUGGAAGGGCAGCUUUACAAGAAAAGGAUCUUUUCGCCCCUGUUGAAGUGCUUGAUUAUGGAUGAGGCCAAAUAUGUCCUGACCGAAAUCCACGAAGGAAUCAACGGCCAACAUAUUGGAGCGGAAGGGCAGUUGAGGUGGCUGAUAGUGACCAUUGAUUACUUCACUAAGUGGAUAGAAGCAGAACCGGUUGCAACGAUCACCUCGGCUCGAGUUCAGCGUUUCUUUGAGAGAAACUUGAUUUGCAGGUUUGGAAUUCCAGCCAAGGUGGUUAUUGACAACGGGACCCAGUUCACGAGUAAAGCAUUCCAGGAAUUGAUGGCAAACCUCCACAUUAGACAUCGAUUUGCAUCCGUAGAGCAUCCUCAGACUAAUGGGAAAGCAGAAGCAGCAAAUCAAGUUAUCAUAGAAGGACUGAGAAAGAGGAUAGACCAAUCUGCUAAAGGGAAGUGGGUUGAAGAGUUGUGGUAUGUCCUCUGGAGAUACAGAACCACGAUGCAAACGUCUACUGGAGAAAGUCCAUUUAGAUUAACCUAUGGAUGCAAGGCCAUGAUCCCGGUGGAAUUGGGAGAACCUUCAUGGAGAAGGGUGCAAGCCUUAUCUCAAGCAGAAGAAGAGAAUAGUAAAAAAUUAGCGGUGGAGCUAGAUUUGAUAGACGAAGCUCGAGUUAUAGCGCAUUGCAAAAACUUUGCUGCAAAAUAG